UUAAUUUCAGAAAACUAACCUCGGGACUGUAAUUAAUACUGCAAUGCGCGAUUGUUUUGUUUUUUUUUUUAUAACUGAAUUAUUAGAAAAUUAUUGUUGAUGAUUGUUGAUGUGCUGCAAUAAUUACUGUUUGUAAUUAAUAAUGGAUGCAUGUCUAAAUUGUGGGGGUACUGAAUUCCAUGCGGAAGCUGGAUUUUAUUACUGCAAUGAGUGUCACAUGCAAAAUGAGACAAAAAAAGAACAAGAUGUGGAGUUUACACAUGACGCCAAGACGCGCAUGACUUCAACUAGGAUUCAACAGGCGAAGAAAGCUCUGGAUGAAGAGGACAGACGUUUAACUUCCUGGGAAAAGUAUAAUUUCAUUUUAAUUGGUUUGACAAAUGAAUUAAUUCAAGUGGGAGCAAAGGAAAACCUUAAAGUGGUAGUCGCGCAACUAUGGUCCGCUUACUUGGCGAAACUUGAAGUUGCUUUUGUGUCUACAAACAGAGAAGCUCGUCCUAAACUUUCCAAAAAAUUCGAUAAAAGAGAUGCUGAAAUUAUUUAUCAAAAAGUAUUUGAAAAAAAGAAGAAAAAAAAAACAAAAUAUGCUGGUAGUGUAACUAGUGGUAGCAGCGCUAGUACGUCAACGUCUGUUCGACAAGUGGCUAGACGAAAGAGACUUUUAGCUGAUUCUGACUACAAGUCUCAAGUUUCGAGCACCACAGAAGCUGAGUCUAGUGUUGCAAGCCAGGUAAGUGACGGCGAGCUUUCGGAUGGAUCUAAUACUUCGUCUAAAAGUGGACCUAAAGGACGAGGAAGAUUACAGUUCAAUGCGUUAGCGAGAGAAGAAAUUAAAUCAGUCACAGAAAAGGCUAAAAAAGUGCGAAAAAAAUUCAGAAAAAAAUUUAUAGCUACUAGCCAGUCUCUCACAUCCAGAUAUGGACCCGAUAUAAUUACGCCGAUAAAAUUAUGGGCGCUUCUUUAUUUAGCUCUCAGAAUUAACAAUGAAGAUAUUCAUGUGUCUGAUAUAAUGAGAUUCAUUAGAGAUGGACAUUUAUCUUAUUAUAAAUUGGACCAUUUUAUACCCUCUGAUGUAACCUUUACAAAAAAAGAAGCGGUUCGAAUGAACACAUUUCGGAUGCUUCAUCAUGCAAGCUUGAUACCACCCAUCGAACGAUUGAAAAAAUCUUUGCAGAUCUGGAAGUUUCCGGAACCCAACUUGCUGACAUUGAUAAAAAAAUACUGUACAGAAUUACAGUUACCCAACGGCGUUGUUCAGUAUGCAGAACGAAUUUUGGCAAAGUGGCCACCAGGACACAAUUUUGACAAUAAAAAGUAUCACAAAUUUCCCAACUACGAAGCCAAAGCCAUGGCAAUUGUUAUCGUUGUUAUGAAGAUGCUGUUCGGAUUGGACGGAGUCACCGAAAAUGAAAUGAGCCGAGUUAUUGAAAGAAUAAAUGAAGUUGCCGAGGAAAGAAGAAUACUUGACGCAAGACUUUUCAGUUUUCGCGAAUGGCAGCGUUACAUCCAGUGUCGUCGACGCACACUGAUAAAUGAGCACUUUCCGAGCAAACUGCAGUAUGAACCAUUUUCACUAGGCAAUAGCCAUCUUUACGUAAACUUCCAGCAAUCACUCGACGAUAAAAGAGACCAGCCGAUUAUUGGAGAUAUGAAGCAUAAUUACACCCCCACAGUUUUAUUAGAUUCCAUGGUUGAUAGUAUUCAUGAAAUGGCUAACAAUUUAUCAGAUCCUAAACCGUCCAAAGUUUUUACUCCAUCUUUUACGCCUCAACAUUCUUAUCUUCAGCAAUUACUUGAAGAUACAAAAGAUACUGAGCGAACUUUGCCGAGUAUUCUUUUGCAGGAUUUUCCUAAUACAAAAAUUGGAUACAUUAAAAAUCCUGAGUCGCUCAAAGAACUUGCAGCUCAGUGUGACAUCGAACUCAAUAUCGUCUACAAUUCAGCGUCUUACGUAAGAAAAGUUAUGCAAGUUUUUGAACCGCUUACACCUAAAAUAACUUUAAUGCAAGGAUUAAAAAAAAUUCACAAUAAUUUAACACUUGUCGAAGCUCCAACUAAUAAGACAAUUUCUCAAAUGUCAGACGACCCUUCCGAUUAUUUAUACCGUAAACGUCCCGGUAAAAUUCUUUUGGAGACAAAAAAACAGCGACUUUUUAAUAAAAUGAUGAAAUUAUACAAAGAGCAAAGAUUAAUUUUGGAGAAAGAAUUGUAUGAACAAAAUAAUGAAACUAUUCAAGUAUCUACGACUGAAGAAAGUAAUCAAACUAUUCAAGAAAAAUCUCCUGAAGAAAGUGAAAUUAUCCAGGAUGAAUUUUAUGAAGAAAGCAAUAAAAUUAAUCAAGAUAAUGAUUAUUUUGGAUUCGGACAACUGCUUCCGAAUGGAAAAUUGAAAAUUCCUGAGGGUGAUUCCGAUUCUGAUGACCCUCCAGAAAAAGAAGAUAAAUUUGGUAAUAUUCUUUUGUCAAGGUUUGAAAAACAAUCUAUGGUAAACCCGAUUCCUAAUCCUUGGGAUGCUAAGAAAAGAUUUAGAAAUCCGUGGUAUGAAACGGUGAAACAUAAUAGACCCAGGCCACAUCCUCUUGUGCCUUAUUCAAGAUGGUAUAAGAAAAAAAUAGAAGCUCUUAAUGCUGCUGAAGAAAAAACAAAAAAUACAGAGUCUGCUGUUGAAAUUAUUGAGCCAGAAUCAACAAUGUCGGACACUGUAGUGAUUGCUGUUAAUGAUAAUCAAAAUAAAGAAAAUGGAGUUGUAGAAGAAGAAAAUGAAGGAACAAUUAUUUUUUUAAGUGAAGAUAAAAAAAAUGAAACUUCAAUUGAAAAUAUAGAUUUAAAUGAAAUUCCAAUUUUAAUUUUAGAUGACAAUAUUGAAGUUGAAACAACAAUUGUUAAUAAAAAUACUGAAAUUGAAGCAACAAUAAUUGAAAAUAAAAAUAAAAAUACUGAAAUUGAAACAACAAUUAAAAAUAAAAAUACUGGAAUUGAAAAUAAAAAUACAAAUGAAGCUCUAGUAGAGAUUUUAGAUGAAAAUGAAAUGCAAAUUGAUUUUGAAGCUAUUGAACAUAAAAUAGAAAUUGAUAUUAAAAAUGUUGCAACUAUUGAAAUUAAUGAACCCGAAGCUGUAGAGCUUAGUGACGAUGUUGAUGAUAUAAUAAUUAAUGACGAAUCUGCUAAAGAAACUGAUGAUAAUCCUGCACCAGAAAAAGAUAAAGAUAAAUAUAAAGAAGUUAUUAUUAACGAUGAUUCUUCUGAUGACGAAGUAUCAAUUUUAGCUGAAAGUAUUGACUCACGUCCUGACGCUAAUCAGAAAGAUUCAUUGCCUGAAAAAGAACUGCUGACUUUAUUUAUUCCUUACAAACAGUAUUGGCUAUUGAGAAUCUCCGGAUUUCAUGAAACCAUGCUCAAGCAUUUCAGGUUACUAGAACGCGAGUUUCCAGCUAAUUUUCGAUGGCUUUUUCGCGAAUGCGUCAAUAUUAUCGAAGUUGCUCCUCAAGUUCUGUAUAAAGAAAUUUGCUUGGUGGAGAGUUACUACACUGAUGUUCUUGCUCCUGAUGAGCAUAUGGAAAAGUGCGAAGAAUAUAACACCAAGUGGUUUCGGUCUAAAUGUAAUAGGACGCAUAUUACAAGAAGAUGGACUACUGGGACGGAUAAAUAAAGACUGUGAAUUGAUAGUGAUAAGUGAUUUCUUUGUGACCUGAUAUUAAUUUUAAUAAUUAUUAUUAAAGUUUUUGUAAAAAUACUUGGUCUUUUUUU